AUGUCCUGGCGGUGGGCUCUGGCGCGGCGCGUCGCCACGCUCGUCGGCGGCGGCACCGGCGGCCCAGGCGCCGCCCAGGCGCAGAGGCUCUUCUCCUCCUCCGGCGCCCUCCCGGGGAGGCUCCACCCUGCGCCGCCUCAGAUUCGGAACAAGGUGGUGGGUUGCAGAGGAGCUGCUUUCGUGAACUCGCGGUGGCUGCAUGAUGCCACCCAAUGCCAGACUCGCCAGGACGGAGUUUCGAGGGCUGAAGAACAACAGGAUCCAUUUGAAUUGGUUGCUGAUGAACUAUCGAUUCUUGGAAAUAGACUACGGUCCAUGGUGGUUGCUGAGGUCCCUAAACUAGAAUCAGCUGCUGAAUAUUUUUUUAAAGUAGGAGCUGAGGGAAAAAGAUUCCGACCUACGGUUUUAUUGCUGAUGGCAUCAGCUCUGAAAUUCCCAAUACCAGAAUCGACAGAUGUUGGAGUUUUCAGUAUAUUGGCAAGUAAGCUGCGCACACGGCAGCAAAACAUUGCCGAGAUAACUGAAAUGAUCCAUGUUGCAAGUCUUCUUCAUGAUGAUGUUCUGGAUGAUGCUGACACUAGGCGAGGUGUCACUUCAUUGAAUUGCAUUAUGGGCAACAAGCUUUCUGUUUUGGCUGGUGACUUUCUCCUGUCCAGAGCAUGUGUGGCACUUGCAGCACUUGGGAAUACAGAGGUGGUAUCUCUAAUGGCAACUGCAGUUGGACAUCUAGUUACUGGUGAAACUAUGCAAAUGUCAACAAGCAGAGAGCAACGGCGAAGUAUGGAGUACUACUUGCAGAAGACGUACUACAAAACAGCAUCAUUGAUAUCAAACAGUUGCAAGGCUGUUGCUAUUCUUGCAGGGCACACUGCUGAGGUUUCAGUGCUUGCAUACGAAUAUGGUCGAAACCUGGGUCUAGCCUUCCAGUUGAUCGACGAUGUUCUUGAUUUCACAGGAACCUCUGCUUCACUUGGGAAGGGUUCAUUAUCUGAUAUUCGUCAUGGAAUCAUUACUGCUCCAAUGCUAUAUGCGAUGGAAGAAUUCCCACAACUACAAGAUGUCGUUGACCAGGGUUUUGACAAUCCUGCAAAUGUUGAGAUCGCCUUGGACUACCUCCAGAAGAGCCGGGGAAUCGAAAGAACAAAAGAGCUUGCGCAAGAACACGUUAACCUUGCGGUCAAAGCCAUCGAAUCUCUCCCAGACAGCGACGAUGAAGAUGUUCUGAUUUCAAGGCGCGCUCUUAUUGAUAUCACACAGAGAGUCAUCACAAGGACAAAAUAG